AGGCAAAGGCACAGACACUCCGGGCUACGUGGUGUGAGAGCAGAGCUGCCCCCGGGGGGCUCUUCCACGCGAACACCCGCACUCGCUAGGGAGAGAUGAUGAGGCCGUGUACUUCAGCAGCCAUGAGCCAGCACAUUGGGAAACUCUAUAGAUCUGCAGUGUCUUCAUUCAUCUUCUUCUUGGUGGUGGAUGUAGGAGUUACUGGUGGAGGUGCAAACAAGGAGAAUGCAGCAGCUGUGACUCAUGUAACAGCACAGCCCUUGUUGUUGACACCUGAGCCUUGGAACCUUUUGGUGACUCAAACACCAGCCAAGGAGAAAGCCAAAGAAGGUGAAACUGUGACCUUGAACUGUCAUCUUAACAGUCCACAGCAUCCCUCUCUGACUGACCUGAUGGUGAAGUGGUACAAAGAAGAUGAAAAGGGGCAGAUGGACCUGCUAGAAAAGAAUGUGACCAUCUUGCCAAAUAACUCCAGGAUCUUCAUGAGUGGAGACUUGUCCCAAGGGGAUGUUUCCCUGAUUAUCCUCAAUGUGACAAUCAGUGACCAUGGUAUUUAUUUCUGUGAGGUUACACUUCCGGAUGGGAAGGUGGUGACAGGAGAUGGCACAAAGCUCAGGAUCAGGAGGGCUCUGGGCUUGUUUGGUAUAGAAGAAUCCAUUGGAACAAUCAUUGGGGUUGUGGCAGCUGGUAUUGGAGGCAUAGUGGUUCUGAUUAUUGUUUUAACCCCGCAACUGAGGAAGUGCAUCCUCUGCAUGAGACAAGAGUCUCGCCAAAGCGCUCAAAAAUCUUGCUCAGCAUGAUGAAAAAAUCCCCUCCCUGAAGGGCUGGCAGAAGAAGAGCUGCUCUUGCCGUUCACUGGAGCGCUGCCGCCACCUGAUGGACAGCGUGGUGGGGACAGGGACACGCCGGGAGCUCUGCCUCUCUCACGAGGAUGUUCCAGCCCUUGCUGAGAAGCACACUCCCUUCCAUAGGCUGCUGCUGUCUGCACAGCAUCAUCCCUCUGCAAACGCUCUACAUUAAGAGUUCACAACUUCGUCUCUAGGCAAAAAGCCUCGGAGGAGUUUAUUGUGUUGUCCUGACUCUUUGUUGCUCACUCGUUCUCUCUCCUUUUC